AUGCAAAUUACAAACGCUUCCACAACUCUUUCUUCCUCUGCCACUCAGCAGCAUAACGGCACUACUACUACCAACAACAACAACGACAACAGCGAUAGCAGCAAUAGUAGUAGUAGUAGUAGUAAUAAUGGUGGUGGCAGUGGCAAUAACAACAACAACAACAAAGCUAUAUCACAACAAGGGAAUGGAUCUAUACACAACAACAACAAUGAACCAGAAAUGCUUGGACGAGUCAAUAAGCAAGAACUUAUUCGCCUGAUAUUACAAUCACUGAAUGAUCUCGGAUAUCAAAAUGCAGCCAAAACCCUUGAACAAGACUCUGGCAUUGCACUCGAAUCCGAUACCGUUACUCGCUUCCGUGCAGCUAUCCUUGCAGGCGACUGGUCGUUGGCUGAAAGUCUAUUGACAAUGCUCCCAGGAAGUGAUGAUCCAGCGACCAUGAAUAUCUUACAAGCUCAAUUUUUGAUCCGACAGCAAAAGUUUCUGGAAUUGCUCGAGGCUCAAAAAACCAUGAAGGCCUUGCAUGUAUUACGGAAUGAAUUGACACCCCUGGGUCAAAGUAUUGAUCGUUUACAUCAUUUGUCAAGUUUAAUAUUUUGUUCAUCCGUUCAAGAUGUUCGAGCACAAGCACAAUGGGAUGGCGUGGAUGGAUCGUCACGACAACAACUCCUCGUGGAUCUGCAAGAAUACAUUCCACCAUCGACCAUGAUACCAAAGGAACGACUAUUGACACUUAUCAACCAAGCAUUCGAAUAUCAACAACGUCAUUGCUUGUAUCACAGUAACAGCGUUGCCGAGUAUUCCCUGUUUGAAAAUCAUCUUUGUGACAAAACCCAUUUCCCAUCAACGACUAUACGUGUACUGGAAGGACAUGAAGAUGAGGUGUGGCAUGUAUCAUUUUCGCAUAAUGGACGCUAUUUGUCUUCAGCAUCAAAAGAUAAGACUUGUAUUAUUUGGGAUUUGGAGACAUUUGAAAAGGUCCAAGUGCUUUCUGGACAAGAUGCCGCUUCUUAUUCUGCAUGGUCGCCCGAUGAUUCAAAGUUACUUGUGUGUGGCACCGAAAAGAAUUGCUUUUAUUUGUGGGAUCCCAUGAGUGGGGAAAAGCUACAUACCUACGAUGAGCACAAGGAUCAAGUAACAGGCUGCGUGUGGUUACCUGAUGGAGAGCAUUUUAUAUCGAGUGGAUGCGACAAGUGCAUAUGUUUAUGGAAUAUUGAUGGUGAGAUCAAGAGCCGAUGGCAAACACCACGUACAAUGGAAAUGAAAGUCACCAAGGAUGGCAAGCGACUGGUGACCAUGACCUAUGACCAGGCCAUUGAGAUUUACAACAUUGAAAACUUUAGGUUAAAUGACGUUGGCAAAAUUGAAGAAAGCGGCACCAUCACUUCUCUCAGUAUUACUCAGGAUGGCCGAUAUGCCUUGACCAACAUCACAGAGACGCAAGAACUUCAUUUGUGGGAUCUUGAGGAACGCCAGCUUAUCCGGAAAUACAUUGGCCAGAAACAAAAGUCCUUUGUUAUUCGUUCAACGUUUGGUGGUGAUGAUGAAUCCUUCAUUAUCAGUGGAAGUGAAGACAAUUGCGUCUACAUUUGGAGUCGAGACUACCAAACGUUACUAGAGGUGCUUGAAGGUCAUACAGGCAUUGUUAACUGCACAAGCUGGUGUCCAGUAGGCCCUCCUAUGUUUGCUUCAGCCAGCGAUGACAAGACCGUUCGAAUUUGGGGCGUUGAUGAUGGAAUCGACAAGGAAGACGCCAUCCUUGUAUAA